GACAGAUAGACGGAGGCUGUCUGUACCAGAGCGCUUGGAGAAAUAACGACCAGACUGAUACGCUUCACUAAGGCAUGAGAUUUGCGGAAGGCAGCAUCUUCAGGAGGAUUCUGCUCAAGUGCCACCUUUUGUUCUGAGAGAAGUUUUUAUAAAGAAGUGGAUUGUGACAUAUCGAUUACAAUGGGCUCCAAAAAGCACCGUUCAAAGACUUCAGCGUCUUCACACAACCCGAGCUGCUCUCCAAUGGGACUUUCACUGUUGAUUCUUCUACCUUUGUCUGUUGCCUUCAACUUGGAUGUGGAGAACCCAGCGGUGUAUACCGGACCGAACGGUAGUUACUUCGGGUACUCGGUGGACUUUUACAUGACUGACUCAAGUGUGAGUAUUAUAGUUGGAGCACCCAAAGCCAACACCAGCCAGCCCAACAUCAGAGAAGGAGGAUCAGUCUUCUACUGUCCAUGGAGCCUCAGCCAAUCACAAUGCAGCAGCAUAGAGUUUGAUAGACAGGGCGAUCUAAAUGUGACCCUGAAUUAUACAGUGCAUCAGGGAGAGUUCAAAUCCCAUCAGUGGUUUGGAGCAACCGUACGAGUGCAUGAAGAUAGUGUGCUGGCUUGCGCCCCCCUCUACUCAUGGAGAGCCAAGGAGGACACACCUCAUGCUGAUACUACUGGUUCAUGUUUUCUGUCCGUCAAAAACUUCACCAAGUUUGUGGAAUAUGCUCCGUGCCGCACGGAAUUCCAUGAAAGAAAAGGACAAGGCUACUGUCAAGGUGGAUUCAGUGCUGAUUUUACACAGGAAGGAAAGGUGGUGCUUGGAGGACCUGGCAGUUACUUCUGGCAAGGCCAAGUAAUCACUGCGGUUAAACAAGAAAUAGUCAAGGCCUAUUACCCAGGAUUCUUCUUGACAUCAGUGAAGGGCCAGAUUCAGACCAAACAGAAAAAAGAGAUCACAUUUGAUGACAACUACAUGGGUUACUCAGUGGCUGUGGGCGAGUUCAGUGGUGAUGAUGAUGAAGACUUUGUGACUGGAGUUCCCAGGGGAGUCAGACUGCAUGGACAGGUUUCCAUUCUCAAUGGUUCUCUGGAUACGCUGAAGACCUUAACUGGUGAGCAGAUGGGUUCCUACUAUGGCUAUGCGGUGGCUGCUACUGACAUAAACAGUGAUGGGAUGACGGACCUGCUAGUUGGGGCUCCCAUGUUCAUGGUUCGUGACUCUGAUGGGAGGUUGGAAGAGUUGGGUCGGGUCUACGUGUACAUGCAGAAUGGACCUCUGGAUCUCACACCUCAGCUACCUCACCUAACCGGCACGCAGAUGUUCGGCCGGUUUGGCAGCUCCAUUACCCCUCUCGGAGACCUCAACCAAGAUGGUUACAACGGUGAGAGAUCUGCCCAGAUUUUUGCACUUAUCUGUCAUGUCAACCUGAGCUUUUGCCUCUCAGCCAAUGGGAAGCACCUACCAAAUCAUCUCGAGUUUAACGUUGAAGUUCAGCUGGACCGUCUGAAGCAGCAGCAGAAAGGGGCCGCACAGAGAGCUCUGUUUUUAGACACCCAGCUUCCCGCUCUGCAGAGGACUCUGACUGUGCCAAAUGGAGCCAGAGUCUGCAGUGACACCAAGAUCUACUUGCGGGAUGAGAAGGACUUCAGGGAUAAGCUGUCACCUAUCUUCGUUGCGCUCAACUUCAGCCUGAACCCUCAAGCCGCGGCAGACAGAUACGGUCUGCGGCCCAUCCUCAACUACCAAACAGCAGAGCUCAUCGAACAGAAAGCCCAGAUUUUAUUGGACUGCGGAGAGGACAACAUCUGCGUCCCUGACCUGAAACUCUCUGUGCAUGGGGACAGGAAGGAAGUGUACAUGGGCGAUGACAACUCUCUGACACUGACUUUCAAUGCAAAGAACGAUGGAGGCGGAGCGUACGAAGCCGAACUGUAUGUGGUCUUGCCACCAGAGGCCGACUACAGCGGAAUAGCCCGCAAUAACGAGAGCCUGGCCCAACUGACCUGCAGUUAUGAGACGGAAAAUCAGACCCGCUACCUCAGCUGUGACCUGGGGAACCCCAUGAAAUCAGGCACCAGCUUAUGGGCUGGACUGCGAUUCACAGUACCACGUCUCAAGGACACACACACAUUUGUGCAGUUUGACCUUCAGAUACGUAGUAAGAAUGAGAAUAACUCCCAGAGUGAAGUGGUUCCCUACAAGUUGGAGGUGGUGGUCCGGUCAGAUGUUAUUCUACAGGGUGUCUCCCGACCAGACAAGGUCUUCUUUCCUCUACCGAACUGGAAGUUGACCAAGAAUGUGAUGGUUGAACAGGAUGUCGGACCCUCAGUCCAGCACACUUACGAGUUGGUGAACAACGGGCCGAGCCGCAUCAGUCACACUCUACUGCAGCUCAAAUGCCCCAUGAGGCUUCAAAGUAACAGGUUCAUUUACCCGCUGGAGGUCACGACGGAGGGCCCUGUUAACUGCACCACCCACAACAUAGUCAACCCCCUGAACCUCAAGGAUGAGAAGGACUUCAGGGAUAAGCUGUCACCUAUCUUCGUUGCGCUCAACUUCAGCCUGAACCCUCAAGCCGCGGCAGACAGAUACGGUCUGCGGCCCAUCCUCAACUACCAAACAGCAGAGCUCAUCGAACAGAAAGCCCAGAUUUUAUUGGACUGCGGAGAGGACAACAUCUGCGUCCCUGACCUGAAACUCUCUGUGCAUGGGGACAGGAAGGAAGUGUACAUGGGCGAUGACAACUCUCUGACACUGACUUUCAAUGCAAAGAACGAUGGAGGCGGAGCGUACGAAGCCGAACUGUAUGUGGUCUUGCCACCAGAGGCCGACUACAGCGGAAUAGCCCGCAAUAACGAGAGCCUGGCCCAACUGACCUGCAGUUAUGAGACGGAAAAUCAGACCCGCUACCUCAGCUGUGACCUGGGGAACCCCAUGAAAUCAGGCACCAGCUUAUGGGCUGGACUGCGAUUCACAGUACCACGUCUCAAGGACACACACACAUUUGUGCAGUUUGACCUUCAGAUACGUAGUAAGAAUGAGAAUAACUCCCAGAGUGAAGUGGUUCCCUACAAGUUGGAGGUGGUGGUCCGGUCAGAUGUUAUUCUACAGGGUGUCUCCCGACCAGACAAGGUCUUCUUUCCUCUACCGAACUGGAAGUUGACCAAGAAUGUGAUGGUUGAACAGGAUGUCGGACCCUCAGUCCAGCACACUUACGAGUUGGUGAACAACGGGCCGAGCCGCAUCAGUCACACUCUACUGCAGCUCAAAUGCCCCAUGAGGCUUCAAAGUAACAGGUUCAUUUACCCGCUGGAGGUCACGACGGAGGGCCCUGUUAACUGCACCACCCACAACAUAGUCAACCCCCUGAACCUCAAGUUAUGGGCUGGACUGCGAUUCACAGUACCACGUCUCAAGGACACACACACAUUUGUGCAGUUUGACCUUCAGAUACGUAGUAAGAAUGAGAAUAACUCCCAGAGUGAAGUGGUUCCCUACAAGUUGGAGGUGGUGGUCCGGUCAGAUGUUAUUCUACAGGGUGUCUCCCGACCAGACAAGGUCUUCUUUCCUCUACCGAACUGGAAGUUGACCAAGAAUGUGAUGGUUGAACAGGAUGUCGGACCCUCAGUCCAGCACACUUACGAGUUGGUGAACAACGGGCCGAGCCGCAUCAGUCACACUCUACUGCAGCUCAAAUGCCCCAUGAGGCUUCAAAGUAACAGGUUCAUUUACCCGCUGGAGGUCACGACGGAGGGCCCUGUUAACUGCACCACCCACAACAUAGUCAACCCCCUGAACCUCAAGCUCCAGCAGUCUUCUACCGAGCAGCCUCCUUUACGAGAUGCGGCACAAAAACACCACAUUGAGAAGAGGGAAGCGCACAAGGGCGAGCUGUCUCAGCUGACCAAUCUGUCUUGCUCCAGUGUGGAUUGCUGGACUCUAAAGUGUAACGUUGGCCUGCUGGAGAGAGGGACUAGUGCAAUACUGCAUGUUCGCUCACGGAUCUGGGCAGAAACAUUCAUGGAGAAUCCUUAUAAAAACUUUAUUCUGGAGUGCCUUGCUAGUUACAAAGUGGAAAAGAUGCCAUAUGCCAUUUUGCCAAAAGUGACUCCUAGUGGUGCUAAAAAGAUGGUCACUCCUGUGGUCUGGAAUAAGCCAGACAGUACGCAUGCUGUUCCUCUGUGGAUCAUCAUUCUGGCUAUUCUGGCCGGUCUUCUGCUGCUCGCACUGCUGAUCUACGUCCUCUACAAGCUCGGCUUCUUCAAGAGAACUCCGUAUGGCACGGCCAUGGAAAAAGCCCAGCUCAAACCUCAGGCUGCGUCCGAGGCCUAAACUACACAACAGCAUUCAGAAAACACGUCCCGAAGAAUGUUCUUAACCAGAGGCCAUCCAAAGAGAGGUUACUUGCUGUUUAAAAAAA